ACAUUUUAUAAGGCAUUCCUAAAAAGUACCUCCAAACUGUUUAUUCUAUCCCUAGAAAUUUUGUUAUAUCCCUAGAAACACACACACACAGAUCCAUUGGAAAUGUUUUAAAACCCUAAUCAAUCAGUAAGUCAUAUUCAUGUCUAAACAAUUAAAUUAUAGUUCUGUCUGGCAAGUUCUCAAUUUCUACCUUGGAAAAACUUUGUCAUACGUCUUACAGCAACAACAAAGCUGUGAUUGGUUGUGGACAGACCCCACGUUCAGGCCUCUGCCACUCUUACUUGGCCCCCGCUCUCCCCUACACCCCUCCUGAUGUUCACGUUGCUGCAGGAUUUUCUUUAUUCCCUUAGGGUUGGGUAGCAAGCUGGUGUUUCCCAGCUUUAUAAGACUGGUAUGGUGCGGGAAAAGCCGGAACAGCAGCUUGCAUUUGACGGGCGUUUGAGGGAGUAGAUGUCAGGGUGCUGCUGCGGGCCCUCACCCUCCAGGGACCAGCAUGAGGGUGGAGGCACCAUCCGAGGCCCUCUGCUGGCAGGGCCUGGUGGCUUGUUAAGGACAGCAGGUAGCGCUGAGGAGUUGUGACCCUGUGAUAAUCUCUCUAAUUGGGGCCACUGCCCGGUACAUUUGGGAGUUGCAAGUUCCCAGGACACUCUUGUUCUUUUCUGGAAGUGAUGCCCUUGUCUUACAUAGCAAUUUUUCCUGUAGCUAAAAAGAAUGAUUACAAAGAUCUGUUGAUUUGGCCCCUAGUGACCUUGAGGAGAACUCGUCUUAGGGAAUUAAUUUUUCACUGUUUAAAGUUUGUGAUAAACUCUGGGAGUUACCUGAGGGCCUAAGGAGGGGACCAGUGACAGACCUGUGACCUCCUUAAGGAGAGUUCCUUCAGAUAAUGGUGUUUUAGGCUUAACUUAUUGUCACCGUAUAGUACUUUUGAUGUUUCUGCAUUAUGUAUUUUCCUUUAACAUGUUUCUAAGUCCUUUAAAGACAUACUCCUGCAGUUCUCACGGGUUUUUAGCUGGGCUUGUUUUUGAAAGUUGAGGGUAGGCAGAGAGGAGAGGAAGGUGGAGAGAGAGGUGGCUUGUCUGGCCCAGGGGGAUGUUUCCCUGUAAGGCGGGGCUGCUGGUUUUGAGGGGCAGCCCCCUGCAGGGUGGAAACUGGUUCUCUGUUUAGGGGCUGCUUGAGGGUACUUGUCUGGCUUUGGCUGGGGUGGGGGCCCAGGCUCAGCAGAUAUGGAAGUGCAGGACCCUAUUAGGCUGUAGAAGGGGGUGGCCAUGGCCUGGGACAACGUGACCUGGGAUGCUGGCCCUGCUGCUGCUUUGGGGGCUGGAUAGGGCUGCAUUCUGGGGACAGGGGUGGUGUGUGGUGACAAGUACUCUGAAGAGCGCUCUGAUCCCGGGAGGCCUGUAGGCCAGGAAGCUGCCUGGAGGGCAAAAGAGGGGUGGGUGGUGCCAUUGUUAGAAUCUGGGUGUUGGGUGCCCUGAGGAGGGGCUCGUGGGGAGCUUGUGUGACCCUGGCUUCCUGGUGUGUUUCCUGACCCCACCUCCUGACCUGAGCUGCUGCUCUGUGAAGGAGACUGGAACCCCUGGCCAUAGAGCACACAGUUUUGAUGCCUCGGGCAAGUCUCUGUGUGGGAACAAUUGACUAUUAUUUCAGGGUGCACUUGUGGCUGUCCUUAGGGCCCCUGCCUGGCCAAGGGCCCCUGGCCAGGUGAAGGGCCCCCAUUCUCUGAACCUUUUCUGGCUUCUGGCCAUGAUCCUCUUGGAUUUGAGAACUGUCUUGACAUUUUACAUCCUCAUGGACAAUUAUUAGCGCCCUGGUGAAGUUUGUAAAAAUAUUUCAGGGCUUCCAAUUUCUAGGUUUUAGUUGGUUUUGCUUCUGUCUGUGAAUUUGUUUCCAUGUGGUUUUUCAAACUUUUAUAAAUUUUUUAUACCAGAUACAGUCGCUAACUUAAAUAGUACGUUUUAUUUGUCCUUUUAUUUCACAUUUAGUAUUUUUGGUGAGGGUGGUGGUGAAAUGAGGCCCUGGGGGAAGAAGGAGCUUCAUGCAAACCAUUCGCCUUAUAGAAUUGUCGUCCUAGGUAAAUCUCAGGGUCCUCCAACACUUGUGCCAAGAUCAAAAAUGUUAGCAGCAUAGUUUAAAUUAGCUUAAAGUGAAUAGUCAUUAAGAAAUGUUUGUGGUAAGGUCAUUUAUUUAUCCAGUUGGAAGGAGGCUUGGAUUUCUAUUUUUUCCUGGAGUCAGGAGCGUUUUGGCUCCUUCUGUGAGCUCCUUUUCUGAGCCUGCUCUGCUGGCUCUGCUGGACUCUCCAUGGUGAGGGUGGUGACAGGCAUUUCCAACUGUGUGUCCCCCAGCCCUGGAGUUGCCUCCUUGUGCUGGAAGCAUGUGGACCCGCUCUGCUGGCCGGCCUGGCUUGUGUGCCUGGUGGGGGUGCUUAGGCAGGACCCAUCCCCUUUUGCUGUGGGAAGCAUGGACCUGAAGGAGACAGUGGCCCUACAGGGUGGUGGGUACCCCCUCAGGCUGAGGCACCACUUCUGGGGGAGACCCAGCCUUGUCAGCACACUGUGGGCGUCUCCCCCAUGGGGAAGGGGGAGGCAAGAUGAGAAGCUGAAUGGCCUCUUGGUCUGGAAGGGGCUCCACACCACUAUUAGGGCUCAGUCCUGUGGCCAGAGCUCGAGGUCCCUUUAGGGGGGAGAGAGGCCAGGAGCAAAUGCACAGGGCCAAGAAGGAAAGUGGGGAUUAUAGGCUGGUCCAGGGAGCGGGCUUUAUUUAUCUUCUGGGCACUGAGACCCAGGCUGCCAUGGGCUGGUUUUGACUGAUCUGCGACUAAGCUCAUGGUCAGACACUCAGAAGCGGUGCCAGGCUGGUAUGCCUCAUUGUCCUGCAGCUACCACCCUUCAGGAACUCAGGGUGCCGUGUCUGGGCUGCCUUGUUUAUCCUUCAUCCAAUCAUCUGCCUACUGGAAGACUCAGUCCUUAAAUCACAGUCACAUACAGUCAGCGGUUGCAUAAUGACGAGUCGGUCAAGGAUGGGCAGUGUAUAUGAUGGUGGUCCCGUGCAAUUAUAAUGUCUUAUUUUUACUGAACCUUUUCUAUGUUCAAAUAAGUUAGUUCCCAUUGUGUUUAAACUGCCUGCGUUUUCGUACAGUCCCGUGCUGUACAGGCUUGUCCUAGGAGGCUGCACCCCAUAGCCCAGGCGUGCUGCUGGCUGUACCUCCAGGGCCCAGGACUCAGCACUGCCCCCUGCCGGCUUCCCCUGCGUCCCUCUUCUUUGUCUCAGGGUCCUAGCGAGGCCUCUCGGGUAGCCUAUGUUCCUCACAUCCUAUGGACUCUGGUGCCGAGUCCUUCCUUAAAGAUUCGGUAUCUUAUCAGUAAAAGAAAAUUAUGUCAGUUCAUAGUCGUUUGCAAUUAAUUAUUUUAAUUAACGCCACAAUUCAUUAUCCGUAAUUGUUUUUUGUAAAGAAGGUACACAGCCACUUGUUCAUCUGUUUGCAUUUUUGUUGGUGUCCUGUGUUUUUAAUUCUGUCGGGAUUGAGGUUGCGGACCGCCCCUCAGGUAUUCCUGCGCGGUGCUGUGGCCGCGGUGCUCACGAGACUCUGUGUCUGUUUCAGGUGCGGACGUCCAGCCGCCGGGCUCUCCACAUGAACGCGCCCCUUCUCGCCGCAGCUCGUGGUCGGGGAAGCCAGGAGCUCUUCUGAGAAUGGAGAGAUAAAACGCCUCUGGCACCGUGCGCGCCGUGAAGCCGUGCGCCACCCGGCUGCGCCGCCGUCCGUCCUUCGGAUGGAUCGCAGCAGAGAAGCCGAGAUGGAGCUGAGGCGGGGCCCCAGCCCCACCAGGGCAGGCAGGGGCCACGAGGCGGAUGGGGACAAAGCCACGUGCCACAGCUGCUGCAUUUGUGGCAAGAGCUUCCCCUUCCAGAGCUCGCUUUCGCAGCACAUGCGGAAGCACACGGGGGAGAAGCCCUACAAGUGUCCGUACUGCGACCACAGGGCUUCCCAGAAGGGCAACCUGAAGAUUCAUAUCCGCAGCCACCGCACGGGGACUUUGAUUCAGGGACACGAGCCGGAGGCGGGCGAGGCUCAGGUGGGUGAGGUGCGCGUAUCUGAAGGCCUGGACGCCUGCGCCAGCCCCACCAAGAGCACGUCGGCCUGCAACAGGCUGCUGAACGGGGCGGCGCCGGACGGCAGCAGGGUUCUGAAUGGGGCGGCGGCUGAGGGCAGCAGGCUUCUGCUGCGGAGCAGGAAGGGCGCAGAGGGCACGGCGUGCGCCCCGGACGAGGCCAAGGCCCAGUGCUCCUUCUGCAAGAGCCAGUUCGAGCGCAAGAAGGACCUGGAGUUGCACAUCCACCAGGCCCAUAAGCCGUUCAAGUGCAGGCUGUGCAGCUACGUGACCUUGCGGGAGGAGUCGCUGCUGAGCCACAUCGAGAGGGACCACAUCACCGCACAGGUGCCCAACGGUGGCGCGGCUUGCGCCGAGAAUGGCAAGCCGGAGUUGAGCCCUGGUGAAUUUCCCUGCGAGGUGUGCGGCCAGGCCUUCAGCCAGACCUGGUUCCUGAAGGCGCACAUGAAGAAGCACAGGGGGUCCUUCGACCAUGGCUGCCACAUCUGUGGCCGCAGGUUCAAAGAGCCCUGGUUCCUCAAGAACCACAUGAAGGCGCAUGGCCCCAAGUCGGCGAGCAAGAACCGGCCCAGGAGUGAGCUGGACGUCAUUGCCACCAUCAACAAUGUGGUCCAGGAGGAGGUGAUUGUCACUGGCCUGUCCCUCUACGAAGUCUGUACCAAGUGUGGGAACCUGUUUACAAACCUUGACAGCUUGAACGCCCACAAUGCCAUACACCGCAAGGUUGAGGCCAGCCGGACAUGGGCCCCAGCUGGGGAAGGGGCCCCCGAGAACCCCUUGGACACCAAGCAGUUCUUCCUACAGUGCCUGAACCUGAGGCCCUCGGUGGCCGGUGACGCGCCCCCUGGUGGGCAGGCUGGAAGGCGGGUGGCCGAGCUGGACCCCGUCAACAGCUACCAGGCCUGGCAGCUGGCCACUAGGGGCAAGGUGGCUGAGCCGGCUGAGUACCUCAAAUACGGGGCCUGGGACGAGGCGCUGGCCGGGGAUGUGGCCUUUGACAAAGACAGGCGCGAAUACAUCCUGGUGAGCCAGGAGAAGCGCAAGCGUGAGCAAGACGUGCUAGCCUCGCAGGGUCCCCCCAGGAAGAGGGCGAGUGUGCCUGGGGACCCCAUCCCGCCUGGGCACCUUGACCCCCGGCCUGCCGCACGUCACAACCGCAGAGCCGCGGCCACCACCGGUCAGGGCAAGUCCUCCGAGUGCUUUGAGUGCGGCAAGAUCUUCCGCACCUACCACCAGAUGGUGCUGCACUCCCGUGUGCACCGCCGUGCGCGCCGGGACAGGGACAGCGAUGGCAACCGGCCCACGCGCACCCGCAGCGGCUCCCUCAGCGAGGGCGACUCUGCCUCCCAGCCCAGCAGCCCAGGUUCUGCCUGUGCCACGGCUGACUCCCCAGGCUCCGAAGACAGUGGCGAGGAGGGUGCCCCCGAACCUGCCCCAGGGACCCGGCCGCACCACUGCUGCUUUUCUGAAGAGGUUGCCUCCCCUGUGCUGUCCAACGGAGACCAGAGUCACAAGUGUGGAAGUCGCUCGUCAGAGAAAGACACCAGAGAGGCCAAAGUGGGGAUCCCAGGAUCUGUGUCUGUGGUGGAGAACAGCAGCAGAGAGGCUUCCAAAAGACAGGAGCAGCCUAGGUUUUCUGUGGACUUAAAGAUGCCAGCAUUCCACCCCAAGCAGGAGCUGCCGGGCUCUGGUGACAGCGUGGAAUUCCCUUUGGGUACGGACGGGGCAGGCUCACAGCUCUCCUUGGAGAGCCAGGCGAGUCACCCUAAAGAAAAACUGUCGGAUUUGCACAAUAAGGAGAAUGCUGGGGGAGGCAAGAGGGCUCUGGCCCCAGACCUCGUCCCGCUCGAUUUAAGCGCAAGCUCAACGCGGGAUGAACCCAGCUAUAAGGAGACAGCGUCCUCCCUGCAGGCAGCUUUGGUCAUUCACCCGUGUCCUUACUGUGACCACAAGACCUACUACCCCGAGGUCCUGUGGAUGCACAAACGCAUCUGGCACCGGGUCAGCUGCAGCGCCAUGGCCCCCCCAUGGAUUCAGCCCAACGGUUAUAAAAGCAUAAGAAAUAACUUGGUUUUCCUUUCCCGGAGCGGGCGCACGGGCCCCCCGCCUGCCCUUGGGGGCAAAGAGUGUCAGCCUCUACUCCUCGCUCGGUUCACCCGCACGCAGGUGCCAGGGUGGGUGCCGGGGUCCAAGAGCAGCUCUUCUCCCCUGGGAGUGACCACGAAAGCCGCUAGCAUGCCUAAGAAUAAGGACAGCCAUUCUGGGGGCCCCUGUGCGCUGUGGGUGCCUGGCCCCGAGGGGUACCGACAGACCAAACCCAGCCACGGCCAGGAGCAGUGCGGUGCGGCCGUGCAGGGGCCCCCACUGAGACCCAGGCAGGAGGCCAGCUCCAAACCCAUGCCAGCCCCUGGCAAUGGGGGCUUCAGCAGAAGUGCUACCCCCACACCCACUGUCAUAACUCGGGCCGGCACUCAGCCUUCGGCCAACAGCAAGCCGGCAGAGAAGUGCGGGGUCCCCCUGGUGGGGGCCAGCUUUGCCCCCCCAAAUAAGCACAGUGCCCCAGACUCCCUGAAAGCCAAAUUCAGCCCCCAGCCUCAGGGCCAGGCUCCCAUGAAAGGCGAAGGGGGCCCUCUACCUCCCCACGAGCCCCCCUUGAAGGCAGCCCAGGAGCUGAGGACGCUGGCCACUUGUGCAGCGGGGUCCAGAGGGGAUGCUGCCUUGCAGGCUCAGCCCGGCAUGGCUGGGCUGCCCCCUGUCCUUCACUCCAUCAAGCAGGAGCCGGCGGCUGAAGGGCACGAGAAGCGCCUGGACAUCCUCAACAUCUUUAAGACAUACAUUCCAAAGGACUUUGCUACCCUCUAUCAGGGCUGGGGCGUCAGCAGCCCCGGGCUGGAGCACAGAGGGACGCUCCGGACGCAGGCCCGGCCAGGAGACUUCAUCUGCGUCGAGUGCGGGAAGAGCUUUCACCAGCCCGGCCACCUCAGGGCCCACAUGCGGGCACAUACAGUGGUGUUUGAGUCGGAUGGACCCCGGGCUUCUGAUGCUCACGCCACCUCUGCUGAUGCCCCCCGACAAGGGAGAGACCAUUCUAACACAGGUACCGUCCAGACAGUGCCUCUCAGAAAGGGAACCUAAGGGCAGUUUCCGACACCCCGGCACCGGCUGCCGUUGGCAGGACCCUCGCAGACGUCCCGGCAGCCUCCCACUAGUGACCGUGAGCACCUGUGGAAAAACAGCUGGAGGACUCCCGACCAGACACCUCACCCCUGGAGCUGCUGCGCUGGAGUGGAGACCACAGGGAGAGGCCCCUCCUUCUCAGACACUUAAAAAUAAAUGAAGAUGCUUAUCCUCUAGAAUUACCUGUAGACACUCCGUACGCACACGUGUGCCCACCCACCACAGUCCUGUACUUCUUACUAUAAACAGUGGUACUGGCAGGCACAGUAGGGACGCCAGGCAGCAUCUUUGUUUUCAAGACAAGUUUGAGACACUGGAAAAAAGAUACUUGUGUGUGUACUGGACAGAGUGGAGAAGCUGAGCGCUGUGCCCGGAGGGACUGUGGAGAGGAUGUCCGAGCAGAAGGUGGUGGAGUUGAGGGUGAUGAAGUGUUGAUACUACUGCCUCUCCUUGUCUUAGUGGGUAUUGAAAAUAGUGAGUAAGAGGGAGGAAGGAGGUGGCGUUCAGGUGCUGUGGAAACCAGGCUUGGUGGAGCCGGAGCUGCUGCCGUGACCCAGUUAUUCAGGGGCUCUGUGGCAUCACCCUCUGGGGCGGCCGCUUCCCAAGCUUGUUUCGUUUUCCCACCACAUUCCCCGCCGAGGGAACACGCCUGUGGGGAUGCGUGCGCUCUGCCUUGGGAGAGAGCUAGUUAACACUAAGAAAAGCAGGCUUCUUUGUUUAUUCUCAGGACCUUUUUUGUAACAGGGCUACAUUCUGCACCUGCUCACAAGGGGAGACUACACGUCUUACCAGAUGAUUCAGCCACUGAGUCCUCCUGAUGUGGACCUGUUUUAGCGAUGGCAGAAGAAUCCCUGAGCAUAGGGGGGGCCCUAGACCACUGGGGUUCUGAUGCUCUGGAAGCUUCUGUCCUCAGCCCCCCAUCUCUCCCCCUACCACUCCAGCAAGUAGGUGUCUUUUCUCAUUGGGGCUGGUGACCUCCACAGGACAGGUGGCUUUGUUCCCAGAGGUGGGGGUCACCAGGCCUGUGGGUGGGGGCGGCUUUAUAUACCUCUUCCUUAGUAAUGCAAAUGCAAGAUUUCGUGGUGGGGGUUAGGCCCAUGAUAAAGGAUCUUAAACCAUGCAGUGUACGCAGUUAAAAUUGUAUUCCACACAUAUAAAUGUUUUCUUUCCCCAUUGCCGUGACACUAUGUGUGAUGGUAGUAUUUCUGAGAGUUUCAGAUUUUUGCACAUAUGAUUUUAUGCAUUAUCAAAAGUUACUGCUGCCUUGAAUGAAAAUGUUCUGUGAAAUUUUUUGCAAAAGCUUUACUAGUUUUUUUUUUUUAAUUGUGAAAAUUUUGUAAAGGCAGGAAAUGGAUUAAAACGAGCAUGCUAAAUAUAUUUUUCAAAAAAGCAAUAAUUUUACAUGUACAGAAAUUAUCCUAACCUUUAAUACUGGUGAGAGCGACAGUUUACUUAUAAUACAGUAAUGGAUUAGUGUGGUUUUUGUAGAAAAUGGGCUUCUGAUACAAAGACUUGUUUAAACACACACACAUACACACAAAUCCUAAAGUGUGGUUUUCUUAUUUUAAUGACUUGUUGAAUUAUUAUAUUAUUAUUAUUAUUGUUAUUAGUUAAUGUUUGGUUCUGGAUUCUACUUGUUAACUGAGUUUAAAUUACUUGACGGUUCAGGCUACUUUGCAACACUCGCAAACAAUGCAACAUAACUGGCUAGCUUAGACAUAUAUAUAUAUUUUUUUUACUUACUGUUUUUCUGAUAUCCUUACACCAGGUAUGUAUGAGAACGCUCUGUCCUCUUGGUGUAUCUAGGAAUACCCGGUGCAGAUACUGUCCCGUGACGGUCCCGGACUGUUCCGUAAAGUUCCUUUGAGCAAAGUUGCAGAGACACAUUCCUCUGUCCACCUGAGAAAUCCAAGAUCCUUUCUGUUGAUUUGUGUUGGAUCAUUUCAGUAGUUUUCCCAAAGCUCUAAUAUCCUGCAUCUUCUGACUUUUAUUUUCUUGGCUGAAAGCAAAUGGUGACAGUGAGGAAUGUUCUGGGACGCGUGAUUCAGUCCUGUCUGCUUCUCUGUGUUUUAGUUAUUAAAAAGACAUUCUGUACCCAAAGCGACACAAAAGUGUAGUGUACGUUUUUACUGUUGCAGACGUGGCCCAGGAGGCACAGCUGCGCUCUCUAGAGCUGGAGGUGUCUUUCUUGCCGGCCAGUCUCUCCCUGGAGUGUCUGGUGGGGGAGAGGGGCACACGCUGGGUCCCACUGGCAGCGCCACCAUCCGAGUCUGGCUUCCCCCUAUGGCCGUGGAGGACAGUCGGCUUCAAUAAUGUCGUCUGCAUAGAGCGCAGAAGUGAGGGUUUUACUUAGACACGCUGGAGGGGGACCCUCCCGGAACACCACCCUCCAAGACCCGCCGUGCCUGGGCCUGGAGGUGUGGGUCCGUCCUUUCACUGAUCAUCAGUAUUGUAUUGGUUUGUUACUUUGUUUAUGUCAGUUUGACCAUAGUAUUUAAUAUGAUUUCUGUUUUCUUAUUUAUUUAGCCAAUAUGUUUUGAUUUGCUUCUUUCGAGUGAUGGUUCCCGCAUGAUACUCUUCUGUAUGUCACCUCUGACUGUUACAGACUUUCUACUACCUCUGCCAAUCUGCUGUUCCCUCCUUCUUAACAGGAUUUUUACAGUGUUGCGUCUGAUGUAACUGAGACAAUAAAGGGUUUGGUUGUCUAUGCUGCAGCUUCUCCGACUCUCUCCCCUGCUCUCUGCACGCUGCCUUCCAACUUGGCUUGGGCCAAGUCUAGCUUUGCCUCUGGCCAUCUUCUCUCUCAGCCCCUCCUCCUCCCUGCUCACAUCUCUUCCUCAUUGAAUUCACAUAACACACCCAUAAUGAGCUCCUAAAAUCUUUCAGGUUAUUCACUUUUUUUCUUAAUUUGAAGAAUGAACAUUUCUCUGAAAAAAUGAGAGAUUAAGUAUCUUCUCUGGGAAAUCGCCCCCAUCCCUGUCCACAUUUUUGCCUGGUUCCUGGAAAGUCAAUUACUGUAAUCGUAGAUGGCUAAGUUUUCCACUCGAAAACGCAAAUAAGCCUAGUGAAUUUUGUCUUUUUGAUUCUGAAAAGUAUUAAAUGUUUUCAGAGGUUACCCUAAUAUUUAACUAUUUUUAAACCAAGAAAGAUACUGGUUUCCUAAAAAUAAGGUGCUCUAGGAAUUGGCAGUUGGGAGUUACAUGCAGUCGCUCUGAGGCAAAGGAGAGUGGAUUGUGGAGCAGGCUGUCCUGGAUGCAGGGGGGUGUCUUCUCACCUGCCACUCUGUCCAGGUUGCUGAGUGUGGUCCGGGCACCUCUGCACAGGCACAGGCACAUGUGGGGUUAAUAGUCUGAGGUUCCUCGGGGACACAGCCCUGAUCAAAACAGGGGCCGGUGGUCUUACACUGGUGCCACUCCAGGUGGGAGGUUAGGCAGCUCUCUGGUCCCUCAGCCAAGGGGUGGAGUUUAGGUUAGGGAUCAACAGAGCCUCUGCCGGAUCCCAGGCAGCAGGACCUCCUGGGCAUUAGUGGCUGGGGACUGUCCACCAAUAUUCCUUCUUUAAAACAAGGCAAGCAAACAGUCCUCCUCCCGAGCCCCGUGGAGUUUUGAGAGGUUCAGUGCUGUAGAAAGGAAGGAGGCGACUGUGUGCACACAGCUGUACUCUCUGUACUCUCCACUUCAGAAUGUCUGAAGUAGCAUAUGCCAUUUUACUGCUUUGAACUUCGGUGAGUUCUAACUGUAGAACAUAUUAUUCAUUGGGCAGAAAACAGAGGAAAAAUUCACAGGCCAGGACGUGAAGUGGCGUGGGGCCUUUGCUGUGGUUGGUGCCUGCUCGGAGCUGUGGUGCGCCUGCGGGAGCAGCACCCCAGGGAAAAUGUUCAUUCUUCGUUGCUUUGCUAAUUAUACUUUGAGGCAGUAAAAUGCAAAAGACCAUAGAAUUUGUAUUUCCUUUUUUAAGAUACAGUUUAUAACAUUAUAUUUUGUACUCUUUAUAUUAGAAUUUGUAACUAGAUUGUUGUAUUUAACUCUAUUUCUGAAAAAGUAAUUCAAUGUUUUAGUUGUGUGAUAAAAUUAUUUAGAUAAAACAUAUUCAUUCUAUUGGAACUUGAAAUAAAUAAAAACUU